UGUUGAUCUACGUAAAUAGUCUUCCAACCAGAGCACUGGCGAUGAUAGGAAAGGUAGGUGCACGGUGACAGUCAAGUCGUUGCUUUCAUUCUCUUCAUUCCUCAAACCUUUCCUAGAGCGCAUGUGCAAAGAGCGUUGCGACUGCCCUUUUACUGAAUCCUCUGAUCGCAUAUCAACCAGAUACGACGUUGUUUCCGAGUUGGGGCAGGCAUGUCAGGUGCCAUAAGUUACAAGUCGUAGUCAACUUCAACGUCUUCAUCGCGACAUGAGCAACGCAUCAGACCGCCCGACAAAGGCGUUCUCAUGCAUCCGAUGUUUUGAACGCAAGGUCAAAUGCGACAAACAAAAUCCUUGUACAAAUUGUGCCAAGUCACAAGUCGAGUGUGUAUUCCGCGUACCACCACCACCUCGUCGUCGGAAGAAACGACUCCAGGAGGAUGCGUUGCUGGAGCGACUCAGGCAAUGCGAAGACCUCCUCAAAAGCAAAGGCAUCAGUAUUGAUGGCACGCCUAGCACGACAGAAUCUCCCACUCUCGCAUCCGACGAUUCUACAGUGCCUCCAACUGAUGAUUUUGCAGCGGCCCUAAGCCGUUUCAAUGUCCUUCCACAAUUCCCAGCCAGCAAAAACGGACAAUUGUUGGUGGAUAGGGGCAAAUCACGGUUCAUUGAAAACAACCUGUGGACCACCAUCGCCAAUGAAUUCCACGCAAACGAAGCCAUUGGAGAGCACUACUCUGAAGAUGAGGAUGAGGAUGGCUCUCCAAUUGGAGAAAGCAGCGACUUCAUCUUUGGCUACACUCCCUCCAGCAAUAAUAUUCAGCACCUACAUCCUCCACCUGAGCACAUUAUGGUUCUCUGGCAGGCCUACCUUGACAACAUGAAUCCGAUGAUAAAGGUGAUUCAUUAUCCAACGCUUCAACAGGCCCUUAUACAGGCGUCUACACAUCUGGACAACUUGCCACGAGGCCUUGAAGCCUUGAUGUUUUCGAUUUAUAAUGCUGCCAUUUUCUCCAUGCAGGACGACGAAUGUGGGAUGAAGCUCGGCCAAUCUCGAAAGGUAUUACUGGCUCGAUAUCGUCAUGCGACAAGGAAAGCGCUGGCGAGGGCUGGAUUCCUAGGAACCUCAGAUAUCCAGGUACUCCAAGCAUUCAUGCUCUACCUGAUCACAAUGCGAGAAGAAUACGAUUCUCGAACCCUUUGGACUCUGACUGGGGUGGCCAGCCGCAUUGCUCAGGGAAUGGGCCUCCAUCGUGACGGUACAAUCUUCGGAAUGGCGCCUUUCGAGAACGAAAUGCGCCGACGUCUUUGGUGGCAGCUCAUGAACUUGGACUUUAGAUCAGCAGAACUCAGCGGUUCCGGAAGAUUCGUGGAUAUUGAGUUGUUCGACACGAAACCGCCAAGUAACAUCGACGAUGCCGACAUCUGGCCCGAGAUGAAGGAGCCACCGAUUCCUCAAGAAAAACCGACCGAAAUGAUAGCAUGCAUGCUUCGUACCGAGUUUGGUAGCUUCUGGAAGGAGAAAGUCACGUCAAAGAAGAGCCUUGGACUUGAGAACCUGCGGCUCUCAACCCCGUGGAACACCACGCUAGAAGACAGAGAUGUGCACAUCAAUGAACUCGAACAGCGAAUUGAAGAAAAGUACCUGAGAUAUUGCGACCCCUCGAUACCCAUCCAGUUUAUGUGUAUUAUAAUGGGUCGAGCAGCAAUGAACAGCAUGAGAAUCAUGGCUCAUCAUCCAAGAAAGUAUCCUGAUCCAAACCAGCUGCCAGCUUCUGAAAGAGAUCUUUUGUGGAAAUUGUGCAUGAACUUGGUUGAGACUGACAACCUGGCACAUGCGUCCAAAGGCAUUCGGAAAUUCAUGUGGCACAUGAACGUCCAUUUCCAGUGGCAGGCCUUGAUAUAUCUGCUCGACGAGUUGCGAACGCACACUCUUGGUGACAAGGUCGACAAAGCGUGGGAAGGUAUUGGCGAACUCUUCCAGAAUCAUUGGGUUUUUGUCACCAACAACAAGAAGCCACUACACGUGGCUGUCGGUAGUCUGUGUCUGAAAGCAUACAGCGCCAGGGAGGCCGCCUUACGUGAGAAGACGAAUGGUGUGUACCCCAAGGUCGUUCCUGAAUACAUCCGCCUGCUUCGCGAGCAGCGCAAGAAUGUCCCUGUAAAGCAUGAUGCGUCGAAAACGGAGGGGGAGCCAGGCAAGCCCAGCAUUUCAGGCUUUGCAGCUGAAGUUUCGUCUGCCGCCACCAGCCAGUGGCAGGGCGAUGGUUCAACGACCUAUAGUCAGCAGCAAACUCCUUUACAACAAAACUUUGGACCACAACAGCCACUUCCGGCUUUCAUGCCGCCUCCGGCCACUCUAGUGCCGACUCUACCGAACGCACCGAGUGACGAGUGGAUGUUUCCCUCUGAUCCUGCCUUGAUGCAAGAUCUGGCGAUGGCCGAUCUGCCCAUGGACUGGGCUCAGUGGGAUUUUGCGAUGCAGGGUUUCGAAUCGGGCUCGGCUGACUGGUCCCGGAAGGGCUAGUACUUUCCGGUAUACAAGUAUACGCAAGGAAGGGAGGGAGCCAUGUCUGGGUUGAGAGUUGUCCUUGUGAGGCAAAGCGAGACGACGUGUAUGACUAUAUGGGAGAUACCCAACUCAGUUUAGACGAUUGCGGAAGCUAGUGUAGCCGGACUCGAGAUGUAAGACUAGUCAAGCAAGACACAUAUAAAACAUAUAUCAUCUCCAAAGUUAUCACCAAUGUCGCCACAGGCGACGAUGAGGCAUUAUGCAGACG